AUGCCGUGGCGGCCCGAGGCCCCCCUGGCCCUAGAGAAGGCCCCCGAGCCCAAAGUGCUGGCAUUUCGUGCUGCACUGGCAGCAGCAGGGGCCCCCAAACCCCAGGGGCCCCCCGAGGCCCCUGGGGGCCCCCCUGCUGCUGCUGAGGGGCCCCCCGAGGCGCCGGCUGGGGGGCCCCCCGCCGCUGCUGGGGGCCCCCCCGGAGAGGGUACAGCAGCGCGCGGCAGCAGCGGGGGGCCCCCCGACGUUGCUUGCUGCUGCUGCACUGCAGCAGCGCCGGACUUGCUGCUGCUGCAGUGCAACCAUGUCUUGUGUCUCCCCUGCGCAGCAAAGCUGCUGCAGCAGCAAGCAGCAGCAAACCCGCUGGCCCCCUACAACUGUCUCUCUUGUCCGUGCUGCAGUAAGGAGACACUUAUUUCUGACACAGCAGCAGCAACUCUUGCGGGCAGGUACUUCAAAAAGUCCAAAGCAGCAGCAGCAGCAGCAGCAGCAGCAGCAGGGGGCGGGGGCCCCGAAGCAGCAGCAGCAGCAGCAGCAGCAGCAGCAGCAGGUGAGGGGCCGCAGGAGAAGCGGCGGGUGGGUGCUGCUGCUUUGACGGCGUCUUCGGUGGCUGCUGCUGCUGCUGCGGGGGCUGCGGCCGCAGCAGCAAAGCCCGCAGCAGCAGCAGCAGCAGCAGCAGCAGCAGCAGCAGCAGCAAACGAAGACUGGCCCUUCAUUUGCUACCUUUGCCAGCAGCAAAGUGCUGCUGUCUUCUGCAGAAACUGCGUCAAGCCUUUCUGCAGCAAAUGCGCAGUGGAGGCCCACAACCCCCCAGUACCCUGCGAGAGCCACCCCGAGCUGCCCGCUUGCUACUUUUGCUGCUGCUGCGGGGGCCCCUGCGUGUGCGCAGAGUGCGUGGUGGGGGGCCCCCAUCGGAGACACUUUUGCGUCUCCGCGGAGACAGCUUGGCAGGAGGCCCUUUGGAAAGUGGAGGGGCAGUGGGGGCCCCUGGUGGGGGCCCUAGUUGGGGAGUUGGAGGAGCUGCGGGGGGCCCUGCAGCAGCAGCGGGGGGCGUGGGGGCUGCUGCUGCAGCAGCAGCAGCAGCUGCUGCAGCUGACUGCAGCGGGGCUGAAGGCGCGGCUGGCGCAGCAGCAGCAGCAGCUGCUGCAGCAGCUCGGCGACUUUGCGCAGCAGUUUGCUGCCGAGUGCGCCGGCUUCCGGCUGCUGCUGCAGCAGCGGCAGCGGCUGCUGCUGGCAGCAGCACGUGCUGCAGCAGCAGCACGGGGGGCCCUCGACCCCCAGCUGCUGCUCCAUAAUUUGGAGACUCAGUCUCCUUUUUUUCAACAACUUCUCGAAGCAAAAGUCCCUUUUUUUUUCCAACAUUUGCCAAAAAGCCGCAGCAGCAAUUUGCUGCUGCUGCAGCAAACGGCCCAGGACCUGCUGGGCCGUCUCGCGCAGCUCCGCCACGACAUUCAAACUCAAAACUAA